AUGAAGGGGAAACAACCAGCGGCAGUUAUAACUGAUGGGGCUCCCGCCAUGCGGAACGCUAUCACUCGUUUACUACCCAAAGCUCAUCACCGACUGUGUGCUUGGCACCUUUUACAAAAUGCUCAAAGAAAUGUGGGUGAUUCGAAUUUCGUGAAAGGCUUUAAAAGCUGCAUGCUGGGUAACUAUACUGUUGCACACUUCAAAAAAAAAUGGUUUCAAUUGGUUAGUGAUUUAAAUCUUGAAGACAAUCCAUGGGUUCAAGGAUUGUAUGAGAAGAGGCACAUGUGGGCUACUUGUAUGAUGCGGGGGAAGUUCUUUGCCGGUUUUCGCACUACUUCACGGUGUGAAGACUAUAAGUCUGUGGUAGGAGAUGCUGUUCCAAAGACCAACGUGCGUGCCCUUGAACUAUGUGCUGCAAAUCUUUACACAAGGACGGUAUUCUUAAAGUUUCGCUCAUGGCUCAGUAGUGGAAGCCUAGUGAAGGUUGCUGGCAUGAAGGAUACCUCCUCAUGUAUUAUAUAUUCCAUGUACAGGUACUGUAAACCUGCGAAACUGUGGUAUGUGGCACAUGAUGAACAGACGUCAACAUUUAGGUGUUCAUGUCAGCGGAUGGAGACCUUUGGACUUCCUUGUGAUCAUAUAAUAGGUCUGUUGGUGCAUUUGGACAUUGAUGUCAUCCCAAAAAGUUUAGUAUUGCAAAGAUGGUGUAAGUCAGCAAAAGAAUCUAUGAAGGGGAAUUCAGAAUCUGCUUUCAAAUUCUGGGAGUCAACCGUUUUGGCUAGGCUGGGUUCGUUGGUGAUGAGAAGUAGAGAAAUGUUUAACCUUGGAUGUGAAUCAAUGGAGGACUACCUGGAUACAGUUGAUGUCAUGGCUAAGCAUGUUGAGAAACUAAAGGCUAAGAAGGUUGAAAACAAGGGACCUGAUGAUGAGGACACAAAUAUUAAUGGUGUGGAUAUUAAAGGGAUUGAUGAAGUGAAAAAUCCGCAUGUAGUCAAGAGUGGCAGUUCAAGUGGCACCAAAAGGAAGUGUAGUGUUUGCAAGCAGGGGGGUCACAACAAAACCACAUGUCCAGAUAACAAAAGGCAGAAAGUUUCAGCUUUGCAGUACAUUGAAGAUAACAUAGAACCACCACUACUAUUUGCUCCACAGUACCAAAGAGCUGCCAAUGUUGAAAUUCAACUCUCCUAA